GAUUUGAACCACCUUGAAUUUGAGGACUUGAGUACAGAAUGAUGAGUCCAGUUUUGGAUUCUUAUGAUACUUGCUUCUCAUCUGGUGUGAAACUGGCUUUUUUGUUCCUCACAGCAGAUUUUUUCCGUUUGGUUCAUAUUCAUAUUUCAUUUUCAUCUUAAUUUCCACUCAAAAAUGUUACACACCACCCUGAAUUCAAGGACAACAAAACGUGUCCAGACAUUCUAUGAUGGGCAGCCCACCAGCCCCCCAGGUGUGUGCCACAUCCCUAUGGCUGAACCUUUCUGCAACAGGACUAGAGAGGUGCUCGUGGAGGUUGCCCAGGGACUCGGUGUGAAGUGUCACACCCGAGGGACAAUGGUGGCCAUAGAGGGUCCUCGUUUCUCCUCUCGGGCAGAGAGCCUCAUGUUCAGACAAUGGGGUGCUGAUGUCAUCAACAUGACCACAGUACCGGAGGUGGUUCUUGCCAAGGAGGCCGGGCUGUGUUAUGCUAGUAUUGCAAUGGCAACUGAUUAUGACUGCUGG